AUGGAGUUGGCAACAGGGCCAGUGUUCUACAGGGGCCUGCUCCCCGUCGACGUGAAGAAUGUGAAGCCGAACUCGAAGGGCAUGCACAGCCUGCCCAAGCCGGUCAUGGUUGUCGCCCCGACGGAGGAAGGGACGUACCCUGUCAUCGUGUUCCUGCACGGCUGCAACUUGGCGAAUCACUACUACGAGCAGCUCCUCAGGCAUGUUGCCUCCCAUGGAUUCAUAGCAGUGGCGCCGCAGCUCUACUGGAUGACGUUCAUCGAAGACGACAGUAGGGACGUAAACGCGGCAAAGCAAGUCACGAACUGGCUCGCAGCGCAGGACGGUCUCCAGUUCGUCCUCGAGAACAAGUUCAAGCUUAACAGCGUCAAGCCUGACCUGUCCAAGUUGGCUCUGGCAGGCCACAGCCGAGGUGGGCACGCAGCGUUCGCCCUAGCCCUGGGGUUGGGGAACCCCAUGAUCAAGCUGGCCCUCAAGUUCUCUGCCCUCAUCGGCGUCGACCCGGUGGCCGGGAAAGCCACGGGCUGCCAGGUUCCACCAGAGAUCCUCACGUUCAAGCCCCGCUCUCUCGACGUGGGGAUGCCUGCCCUUGUCCUGGGAACCGGGAAGGGCCCGGAGCAUGUUGGCGGUCCUCCCUGCGCACCGGCAGGGGUCAACCACGCCGCGUUCUACGACGAGUGCAAGCCGCCGCGCUACUACUUCGUGGCCGAGGAGUACGGACACACGGACAUGCUAGAUGACGACGCGCCCUACAUCGUCGAUAAAUGCAUGUGCAAGAGGAACGAGAAUGGCACCAAAAACCUUGCCAGGCAGAGCAUGGGAGGAGUCAUGGUCGCAUUCCUUAGAGCUAUCCUGGAGAAAAACAAUGAAGAUCUUAAGGCCAUACUUGAUAACCCAGGGCUCUCGCCGGCCAUACUGAACCCGGUUGAACAUGAUUUGGCAUGA